AGGUACCAGUCGGACGUCUUCAGCGAACUUUGCGGACAGAUGUCAAGAUGAACAAAGACGGAGAUAAGAGCGCAAAGACUGCGCCCCGGAGCCAGAAACAACCCAGGGCGCAGCAGCAGGUUUCUGCCCAGAAGAAGAAGAAGGAUCAGUCUAAUAAAGACGCUCAGAGUGGCUCCUUCUCCAAAGACUCGCAGUCAGGUCAGUGCCACUCUGAGAGGGAGGUGAAGUCCGGAAAACGAGCGGGGAAAGUGUCAUCAGGUGGCACCGUGGAGGGCCGGAGGAGCCCCGGCGUGCAGAGGAAGCUGUCCGACGCCAGCAAUACUUCAGAGGACCUGAGCAAAGACUCCGGCUGCCUGUCAGGGAAGCUCUCCUCCUCAGACAGCAGCUCAGAGAUAUCCGACUGCCCCUCGGAGGGCAACAAGCGCGACUCUCCGACCUGCGACAAUGAUUUAAGCUGGAUAGACGGGGGAGCUUAUGAGAGGCCGGACAGCGGGGGGAAAGGAGACGGCAGCCCGUGCGUCAAGGAGGCGAGAGAGAGCUGCGCUCUGCAGCCGGAUGCUGCUGGAGGGGCUCCCGGUUUGUUCAACUCCUCCGGGUCGUUUAUGGAUCUCAUGAUGGGAGAAACAACGGAGGAUCUUGCCAGGGAGGUGGACGAUUUACGAUCAGAGAACGAAUACUUGAAAGAUGAGGUGGAGGAGCUUCGCUGCGAGAUGCUGGAGAUGCGCGACAUGUUCCAGGAGGAGGAGGUGUACCAGCUGCAGGAGCUGCGGCUGCAGCUGGAGCAGGCCAACAAGACCUGUCGCAUCCUGCACUACCGCCUCCGCAAGGCCGAGCGCCGCAGCAUCCGCGUGGCUCAGACGGGACAGGUGGACGGGGAGCUGGUCAGGAGCUUGGAGCACGACAUCAAGGUUGCGAAGAGUGUGUCCCUCCGGCUGUACAACGAGCUGGAGAUGGUGCGGAAGAAGAAUUCCCAGCUGGAGUGGGAGAACGAGGGGCUGCGUGAGAAGACACAGGAACUGGAGGUGGCCAAGCAGGUGUUACAUGCUGAGGUGGAGAAAGCCAGAGAGAGCACUUUGAAGAAGAAAAGCAUCCGAUCAACAACCAGUAAGGCUGAGAAGAGACUGUCUCAACAGAUCGAGGAUGACAGCGCUGAUCUCAGGUGCCAGCUCCACUUUGCCAAAGAGGAAUUAGCUCUCAUGUGCAAGAAGCUCACCAAGUUGGUAUCAGAGAGUGAGAACAUGCGCGAGGAGCUCGCCAAAUACCGCUCGGCCUACGGCGACGUAGACGUCAACCAAUCGCUGGAGGGCAAACAAAACUCCGCCCACGCCCGGGAGGCAGAGGUCAAAGUUCACCUGAAGCUGGUGGAGGAGGAGGCCACACUCCUGAGCCGGCGCAUCGUCGAACUGGAGGUGGAGAACCGCGGACUGAGAGCAGAAAUGAGCGACCUGAGAGAGAAGACGGGAAGAGGAGGGGGAGGAGGGGAAGAGGAAGAGGAGGAGAAUCGGGAUGUGAUGGAGGAAAAUCUGAAGGACAGAGAGGGAAGUUUGAAAACAGGGUGCACGAAGGACGCAGAGAAAGAUAAAAGUGAGACAUCUUCACUUUGCAACCAGUCGCAGACAGACGGGACGAUGGCUGCUUGUCACAUCACUCGAGAGGGUCCAGUAGGAGGUGAGUGGGACCCGUCAGACAGUCCUGAGAGCGAUCCUGACCGCGCUCUCAAAGGAAUGAAGGUUAAGGACUUUGAAGCUCUUCUUGCUCUCAGGGAUCAUUCUUGCAUCUUGACCUCAGCCAUCCAGCUCCUGAUGACGCCUCCAAAAAACGGCCACUGCUCGCCUCCCUCGUGCGCUUUCACCUCCCCGACGGAGGUGGACCUGAACGGGAAGACGCAGAAGAUAUUCCCGCCAGGGCCCUUGAACGACGCCCUGGAGCUCCUGCAGGCCAUGCUGCUGGCUUUCAUCGGGAGGGUGGAGACCAUUCUAACGGGCGAGGGUUUAGGGAAAGUCUCUGGAGAUGUGGAGGCUCUAAGGGGGCAAGAGUGUGCAGAAGACCUCCGGACCACAGAGGUAAAGGAGAGAGAGAAACAGACCAGACAAGCCGCUUCCUUCCAAUGGGAGCUCAUCCACAGCUGCAGGGAGCCAAAGAUGCGUCUUUGCUUGCAGAUCCUGGGGAUCCUCCAUCAGUGGUGUCAAGUGAAAGGACCUGGGCUGGAGGGAAAAGAGGGUAAAGACAAAACCAUGUCCGCGCUGCGGGGGUUGUUGCAGGACCUCGGCUCGGAGCUUCGGGAUGAUACCAAGGUCAAACAGUGCAAGGCAGCUGAGAGUGCCGUCAGUAGUUUGUUUCAUGAUGAACGACAGUCUGAAGCUGACAGACUGUGCAGCACGAAAGUGAGAAGACUCCGCCGACAGUUUUCUCCACACAGCUGUACGAAGAAGAACUGGUGCUACGUGAGCCAGGAGGCUGCCCAGCUGGACCGAGAGGACCCCGUUAAGACGUGGGACCAUCUCAUCAUGCCGCUUAGCUUCCCUGAUCUUGACUUUGAGCAGAUGUCCCUGGAGAGGAGCCACACUGCCCCGGAGAAGUCGGCAUCUCGCAUCUACUACAGCCCGCCGUCGGCUCGCAGGGUCCAGCUGGCUCAGCUGAAGCAAAGCCCCGUCGCAGACAGAGAGUCUGUCAACACCGCCUCUCCCUGGUGCACGCCGCCGACCUCCUUCUCUCAGCUCUGUCUGGGCUCGUCUGCCAACCUCAGCGACGACAUGAAGGAGAUGACGGCCAGCUGGAGGCAGACGGUUCAGGUCGGUUCAGAGCAGAGGGGCAGAUCUCAGGGGCAGUGGGUGGACGUGGCCUGCUCCGGUACUCAGACCCACAUGAGGCCACAGAUGGUGAGUGUUGGUCUGCAGACAGAUGGGCCGGUCACCGUGAGAGGAAGUCCAUCCAGGGUCCUGAGCACCUCGCUCGUCUCCGCCCGCUCUCAUCACAUCUCCACCUCACUGGACGGUGUGUCAGGCAGAGGGUCCAGAGCCUCCACCUCCUCGCCUAAACUGUACCGGAGACAGCCUGCAUCCGCUCCAUCCUCCCCUCCCUCAUCUGGCAGUUUGAGCUCCUCCUCCUCCUCCUCCUCCUCUUCCUCCUCCACCUCCAGAGAUCGAGCCCUGUGGAACCUGAAUCACCAAAACCACAGUGGCCUCGCGUGGACCAGACAGACCAGUCUCAGAGUGGGUGCAGGACAGACCCAGGGCUCUCUGAGCAGCACCAAACCCCCCAGUAAACCUGCAGCCGGACCCCGUUACGGCAUGGUCACAGAGUUCCUGCGCAGGGUGAGCGGCCGGGCAGAGAAACCGGUACCGGUGUCGGUCCAGAAGCCCAAGAGCGGCCUGAAGAGCCUGGAACGCGUUCCAACGAGGCCUCCCGCCGCUCCGCUGCACCGGACGGACAGCGUGACGAGGAUCGUCAACCAGAGGUUCAUGAAGCAGAGAGAGGAGGCCGGCCGGGCCCAGAGGGAGGAGAAGGGGAGUCUGAACAGCAGCGUCCGACACAGCCAGAGUUCCUCCACAGAGGAUGGAAACUACGACUGCAGCUCCAGCAGCACUUUGACCUUCUGCUUCGCUCGUUCUUCUCGCUCCACCCAGAGACCAACGUCCAACCAGAGCAGACUCCUCCGACACAGAUACUCGCCUCCAGCCGGAGCGGCUGCAGACUCCCAGAGCUGCGAGUGAACGGGAGCAGAUCAGAUGCUCGGCUGAUACUUCUGGACAGCUGAGAGCGUUUACAGCCACUGGGAAAGAAUUUAAAAUGUAAUGGCUGAACUGGGAGCACUGGGAGGUAGACUGUUUGUGGGACGUUUAGGAGAGUUGUCAUGAUGAUUUCAGUCACUCAGUCAUAAGUACAAUUUAAAACUUUAUGUGACAGUGAUUCUGCACUUAUAUCGUCAUCUACAAAUACAUUUUAUAUUAUCUUUGUGCUACUUUGUAGAGAGUAACCUCAUGUUUAAAUAAAU